AUGAUGCCAAUGUGGCAGUCGAGAACUCAGAUCCGGCCGAAGGAAACGGCUGGAGCAACGAUGUGCGACAGGAGAGCUCUGACAACCGGGAAGUCAGUGGCUCUGGGGACAAUGCUGGCCAAGGACAAUCGUGGGGCGAUUGGGGCGGCCGGCACUGGGGCGGUUGGCAAGAUCGGCGAGGUCAUGCUGAUGGGCCGCGGCGUCCGGAGGUGGCGCCCGAUGAGAGCCGAACGACGGCAAUCCGAUGCUUCUGGCUCCGACAAUACGACCCCGAGUACAACAGCUGAACGACAGCCUGGUCAGUGGAAUCGACCUGUCUGGUCAGAAGAAGAUUGGAAGCGUUGGAACUCCUGGUGGGAGAACUCCGGCUCUUCUUCAAGGGCCGCGGGCGGCGAUGGCAGCGGCACGACCUCUACGACUGCGUGGUCCACGUGGGCGUCUACUACCCGGACGGGAGGUACCACGACUACACGACCAAGUACGGCGCCUACGCGAGAAAAUGAUGAGGUGUGGCAACCGCAUGAGCGAGCGAGCAGUGGAGGAAAAGGACCUUCGGAGAAGCUCAUCAUCCCGACCUUCAACGGAGAAGGAGAGGACGGCGACCUGGGCAUGUCCGCUCGCAGCUAUCUGAGACAGAUAGCGGCUUGGGAGAAGAUGACCAAGUUGGCCAAGGACCAGCGUGCCCUUGUUCUUUAUCAAAAUCUUCAGGGGUCUGCCUGGGUUAAUGCCGAGUCUUUGAGUGUUGAGCUCUUGGGACAAGCCGAUGGGGUUCAGUAUCUUCGAGAUUGGAUAGAGCAGCACUACCUCGAUGUUGAGGUGACGCUUGUUGGAAGGUCCCUGAGUGAUUUGUUUCGGAAGUUGAAGCGAAAGCCAGCCCAAUCAUUCAGGGACUAUGCCGCAGAGUUCAACAGGUUACUGGCGAGGGUGACGGAGUGUGGAUGCAAGUUGCCCGAUGUAGCCACGGCCUGGUUGUUUGUUGACCGUGCUAACCUCGAUGAGGCGACCGAAGUUAGCCUCCUGGCGAGCGUCGGGAACAAGUAUGCUCUGAAGGCCCUGCAAGCUGCGGCGAUCAUCCUGGACAGGUCCAUGCGGAAGCCUUGGGAAAAGGGGGGGCGGUACGAGAACAACCGCCGAACCCACGUGGUCAACCAGACUGAGGCGGCUGAACUUGGCGACUCCGAGGAUGGCGAGGAGCUUGACCCUCCCGACGGUGACUUCGGCUCCGAUGACGAGGACCUCUACGUGACCUACAUGACGGCUAAGGCAAGGUAUAAGGACUUCAGCAAGGCACGCGGCAUCGAGCAGAGCGAGGGCAACAACGGGAAGAAGCUUGCGGAAGACCGCAUAAAGGCUGCCAAGAUGAAAAGCCAUUGUUCGGCAUGCGGACAACGUGGGCAUUGGCACCGCGAUGCUGUGUGCCCAAAACGGAAGACUGCCGCCGGCGGCAGUGACAACCAGGUGCAGACCAUCCACGUCACGAACGAGAUCUGCGAGUUGUCUGCGGUGAACCUUGCAGAGCUUCCGGCCGUGCUCGAUACAGCCUGUUCGAAGACCGUUGUGGGCACCGGGUGGCUCCAGCGAUACCUCGACUACAUCAAGGGCAAAGGCUUGGAUCCCGGCUUUGUGUAUGAGAAGGACGCCUUCCGCUUCGGUGCUGCUCACAAGAUCUACGAGGCGAACUACUCCGCCAUCAUCCUCAUGGCCAUCGGCGGCAAGUGGGUCGCCGUAAAGGCGGCUGUGAUCCAUGGGGACAUUCCUCUCCUCAUGUCAAGACCGGCCCUGGCGCGACUUGGCUUGGUUAUGGACCUGGGCAAGAAUGUGGCAGACUUCCGUGCAGUGAGCAGCGGAGAAUUUGACUUGAAGGCAACUCCUAGUGGCCACCCUGCAAUCUGCGUGGACCAUCGCGGGCUUGCCAAGCCCAAUGUUUCAGAGCUCCCCAAGGUUUGGGAGAACCAUGGCAUCUCGAUCUUGAAUGUGCGCGAGGUAUACAUGGUAGGCACCAGCAUGCCAGAUCAGAGAUACGUUGCGUCUAUGGGCUCCGAAGAACAUGUUCCCCGCGUAUUCUAUGAGAAACAACUAGACCCCGCCAUAAAGAAUCUCCUCACAGCUGACACCCUGCACUCAGACCCCUUCUUAGCAUGGUGGAAGAAUACGUCAUUGACAAGUCUCUUAGCACAAUCAGUGACCUUUGGCAGUGCGUGGCAGACGGCAGCUAUCCGACUUUGUGGGUUGGCCGAAGCGUGUUCAAUCGAGUUAGUUGCUCCACCGGCCUGCCCCUUCCACUCAGUGGUGAUCAUGAGCAAGCAGCCGGCCCUAUGGAACAUGAACAAGACCCAGCUAUCUCAGGAAUGCUUCCGCCGCGGCAUUCCGAUCAAUCCGAACUGGACCGUGCUGGAGCUUCGCCAGGUUCUCUCCAGCGAACGGCCGGAUCCUCAGAGCCUCAAGCAGACGGGGCAAGGGCCUGGCGAAGAUGACUCUCAGGGAGCUUCAGGCGGAGGCGGACGAGAUGGAGCUCCCCUACGGCGAGAAGGAGAACAAGGGUUCCCUGAUGUUGCGGAUCAGAGAUGCCCGCGCUCCGGACCAGACUGUCAUGACCCUGGGACGUUUCAAGGGCACCCCGACAUCCCGGAGAGCUAUGGCGACUGGGCAUCCGAAGAGGAGAGAGCGAACAGCGACAACAUGCACCCGGACUUGAAGAGGUUCGUGCUGUGGAGGCGCUACCAGAAGGACUCAAUCAAGAAAGGACGAACCCCGAAAGAGCCGGCGCCCAAGUACCUCGACCCGGAGGAGCAUGCACUGAUCCCCCCACCGCCGGUCAGCGAGACGCGCUCGUCAAGUUCAUGGUCCCUGAUCCACGACUCUGUCAAGGACGACAAGGGCAAGAAGGGCUAUGCCGUGGUCCCGAAGGCCAAGGUGACCCCUACAACGACCACGUGCACACCAAGCAGGACGUCGCGACGCUCCAGGGAGACCGAGGAGAACUCCAAGGAGCGCAUGGAGCAGGACGUGACCCCAGACGUGCGGGCCGGGACGGAGGCCAGGGUCGAUGGCAAUACGGAACACGACACGUACCACGACAUGCGCUACGAGCACCACGAUUUUGAUGAUGAUUUUUGGUCCUGUUCUUCGACGCAAGAGAAUGAGGGCCAUCAAGUUUUCCUUACAAAGGCUGCCGUCAAGCAGCUCGCAAAGGAUGGACUGGACUUCUCCCCCGGGAACCACGCUGGUGAGCAGGCCGCUAAAGAGGCGUUCGAGAAGAGGCAGUUCACUCCCGAUAAGUUCGAGCAUCUCUUCGACCUGUACAACUUUGAUGGGACCCGAGGCAAACGCCAGGGCAUACAUCAUGGACAAGGCCAGCGCGCAACCUUCGGGUACUAUGCCUACGGCAACUUUCGGGGAGUGACCCGCCGGACCUCCCAAUGGCCUCACCUUGUCCGAUAUGCCAAUGCUUACCUGGCUCAGAGGUGGUUGGACGACAGUGGAGAAGUGCGCUCGCCUAGGUGGACCUCUAUGUCCGUCAGCCGGAACCUGCCGUCGGCGAUCCACGCCGACAAGAACAACCUCCAGGGCAGCAAAAACUACGUCAUGACUUUUAGUGACCACACGGGUGGAGAAGUCUUUGUGGAGCAACCCGGGGGUGGAACAUGUCGGAACAACUCCAAGGACGUCCCCAUCGAAGGCGUGCUCCUCGACCCCCAACAGGGACUCUGCGAGUUCGAUCCUCCUCGGCAACACGGCACUGAAGCAUGGCAGGGCAAGCGCUGGGCACUUACUGUGUAUUCCGCCAGGUCCUACCCGGAGGCCAACAACGAGGAGAAGCGAAUCCUUCGGGAUCUCGGAUUCGGAAUUCCCGGCCGAGGCGAAAUACGCCAGAUGAGGGAGACAUGCGGAGGACAACCUCGACGCAAAGAGUCGAGCAGCGGACCAUCUCAAUCUUCCAGGCCGGGACAAUCUACACGGCGGAGCCUUUGGAAAGCCGCCGCCGCGCUGUCCAUCAUGUUCACCACUGCCCUGUCCAUCAUGACCGAGUUUGCCUGCGAGGCGCUACCUGACGUGAAGGCGCCUGAAGUCGCGCUUUUGGAAAUUGCAACUUGCCGCCUGGCAGAGUACGCUGACGAAAAGUUAAAGCUGGCAGAGCCCAUCCUCCUCGAGGACCUCAUCCACGACAACGACUCUGUUGAAGGGGACUUUGGACUGGUCGAGACGGCCGUUAUGCGACACCAACCAGGAGAGUUGUGGCUACACGUCCGGCCCGAGUGGACAGACGAGGGCAUCUACGAGGAUGUCAUGGAGGCAGUGGACUUUCAGCUGCGCGGUGGCCGCGCGGUGGUCUUCCAGAACGACGACCGCGAUGGCGGACUUUGGGAGAGCACGAUCGAAGGUUGGGAGGAAACCGGCUACAUCGUUAACCACGACUUCGAGAUCGACGGCACCGAGUACGUCCGGGUGAUCUACGAGGCGGAGAUUGGGUACGCGAGGGUGAAAGAGGUCCUGGCGAAUGAGGACGGGCCACCUGACCGACUGCAACCUGAAGCGGAGGACGGACGACCUCCCGAUCGAGCAGACGGAGCCGAACGACUUGAACGCUCAGCAGCUCCACUAGAACGAGGAGCACGCGCCAUUCGGUUCCCUCCUAGUGUGCCGGGCCACAUCGCCAGCAACCUACGGCGUCUACAUCAAAACCUUGGCCAUCCUGGUGUGAGCGACUUCGUCCGGCACCUGAGGCUGGCCGGCGCCUCUCGGGCGGUGUUGAAAGCAGCCAAAACGCUGGAGUGCCAAGUGUGUGCCAGAGGAAGAGCCCCGGCAAUCGCCAAGCCGGCGAAGAUCGGGUCAUGCUUACGAUUCAAUGAGAUCGUCGGCGUGGACUUGAUGUAUUGCCACGACUCCGAGGGCGUGAAGCACCAGCUCCUGUCGAUGGUGGACUUCUCCUCCAGCUAUCAUGUGGUGGUGGCGGUCCCCAGGAAGGACACCUAUCACUUGGAGCGGGCCUUUUGUGAACACUGGCUAAAUGUUUUUGGCGCUCCCAAGGUCCUCGCCAUCGACAUGGCGCACUGGCAAGCCGGAUGCACUGAGAGACAAGGUGCUCUGUGGAAGACCAUCUUCGCCAAGACCAAUGACGAGAUGGCCAUCGCGAAGGGCGAUCUGCGCUUGGCCAUCGGGGCGGUCUCCUCAGCCAAGAACAACUUGAUCAAAACGAGCGGCUACUCGCCAGUCCAACACGUCUUCGGAUCUACGGCCAACAUCCCGGAGGAUUUGCUCAACGGACGGCGAGCUUUUGACCUCGGAGACGAGCCCGUGAUCGACGACAGUCACGCCCGAGAAGUUGCAAUUCGCGCAAGUGCGCGGAUUGCUUUUCACCAGGUCCAAACCGACGAGAGGGUCAGGCGGGCGCUCCUUGGACGAGCAAGAGUGAGUCAACGGCGACCCGAAGUUGGCGAGCAAGUCUUCUACUGGAGGAAGCCGGCAACCUCCAAGAAUGGCAGGUGGCUGGGACCGGCCACGGUUAUCGGGCACGAGGACAACAAUGUCUGGGUGACCAAGUCCGGACGAUGCGUACUUUGCGCCCCUGAACAUCUUCGACUCGCAACAGGAGAAGAACUUGGAGAAGCUUUCUCCCUCCGAGCCGCGAGAGAAGACCUUGAACGCCUUCUCCAAGCCGACGACGAGGCGGACGAGGCCUUCAACGAGGACGACCCGGACAUCGAGGGCCACGAGGAAGCCGACGACGAGGAGAUGGCCGAGCUCGAUGGCGAGGGCGAAGAACGACUACCUCGAGGCGGACAACGUCGCCCCCAAGAGGCUGCGCCUCCUCAAGUUUUGAAGAGACAUCGCACAAAAGGACCGGACGGCCAGGGAGAAGGGCGUCCUCAUGCAAAUCCCGUCUGCAUGUUGAAGCCCGCCAAGACAGCCAGGUCACGGGAAAAGCAAUUGGAAAAGGAGAUCCCGUGGUCUCAGAUACCACCUGAAGUACGACCCCUUUUUCGGGAGGCAGAGAGCAAGCAAUGGGGCGAGCACAUUGCCACCGGGGCUUUCGAACUCUUAGGCAUCCAAGCCUCUGAAGAAAUCCGCCGUACAGUACCGGCGGAAAGAAUACUGAGCUCCCGCUUUGCUUACCGGGAUAAGAAUCUCGGGAAGAGACGGGCGGUGCCCACUACACCCUGGCGGGCAAAGUCGAGAUUGGUGGCAGCCGGACACAAGGACCCCGAUUUGGGGUCGAAUGGCAACAUCGAAGUCGAUGCACCAACUGUUGCUCGAUCCACUUUGAUCGCACUGCUACAGGUGUGCGCGUCCAAACAAUGGACAGCCUCCGCCGGCGAUGUGCAGGCGGCCUUUUUGCAGGGUCUCGAACUGCGGCGUGAUUUGUGGCUCUCUCUUCCCCGUGAUGGGAUCGAGGGCCCGACCUUCCCCCUGGCAGAUGGAGAGUACAAGUUUCGAUCUUGUCCACUCGAUCCCUGUGUUUUCAUCCUGGCCAAGGAAGGUGGCGAUGGUGAGCCGGCUGGCUACUUGGCGCUGCACGUGGACGACAUCCUGCUGAUCGCCCCUCGCGAGACCAACAGAACCUUGCAGCGGAAGAUCAGUGACUUGUUCCCUGUCGAGGACUGGGAGGAGGACGAGUUCGAGUACACCGGCUCCCAUAUCAAGGUCACCGCCGACGGCAUCUAUGUCAACCAGGCCAGCUUCUGCGAGGGAAGGCUGUUCCAGGUCGAGGUGGACAAGGGACAGAACGGAGACGACCCCGCCACGGAGGAGCAAGCGAUUGACAACCGUUCGUUGCUUGGGGCUUUGAGCUGGUUGGCGACUCAAAGCAGGCCAGACCUUCAGUGCGGAGUCGCUCUUGGACAACAACUUCAGAAAGCACCCCUUGUCCGGGAUGUUCGUUUCUCCAACUCGCUGACUACCAGGGCCCUGCGACACAAGGAGAAGGGGAUUGUGCUUAGACCAAUUCCCCUUGAGGAGAUCGUGUUUGUGACGUUUCACGACGCCGGAUGGGCCAAUGCAGAGCAUGAAGAAGCUGAAGAUGGUUUUAGGCUCACACCCGAGGAGAUCGAGAAGGGCGCCAUCCUCGACCUCUACACCUCCGACCGCCCCCGCGUGGCCAAGAAGACGCACUCAAAGAUCGCUUCACAGCUCGGGCACCUGAUCAUGGUGUUCCCCAAGAAGUUCCUCCACGGUGAGAAGGCCUCAGGUAGUCUACUGGAAUGGAGAAGCCAGUCCUGCAAACGUGUUUGCAGAAGCACCUUUGGGGCAGAAACAAUGUCCGCCGUUGAAGCCUUGGAAGGUUGCCAGUACAUGCGUUCGCUCUUUGCCACCCUGCUGAAGGGCAACCUCGUGAAGGUUGAGACUGCAAGGGAGAGGUGGCCGCUCCUGUGCAUAACAGAUUGUAAGAGUGUCUUCGAUCAUUUGCACCGAACCGGAGUACCACGUAUCCCUUCCGAUCGCAGACUAGCCAUAGACCUUGCAGCUCUCCGCCAAGAGCUUCAACUCGAGAGGUGGGCGGCAAAGCUGCCUCUGCAGUGGGUCCCAACAGAGUGCCAACUGGCAGGCCCGAUGACAAAGCCCAUGAAAGUAGACAACUUCUGGACCUCUCUUUGGGAGGGCAUUAAAUUGCCUUUUCGAAAGGACCUCUUCCAUAGGGAGGAGGGUUUUUGA